UUUAGCUGUACCGAUGUGUGUGUGGGAAGAUAGCGCACGCAACAGUGUGGAAAGGAAAAAAUUCAAUCUUGGAAAGGAAUGGGUUUGUCAAAGAAUGAGUAACCGUUCACAAGUGGUGACACAGAAUACAUUACAUAUAGGGAGAGGCAUAAAAGGCAUUGUAGCACUAACGGAAGGGAAGAAAUCGGUUCCCAAGAGCUUAAGUUCAGGCGGGUGAGGGUGCAUUGGGGAUUCUAAGGGUUCAGGCAUUGCCUAUAAGUUUUGGGCCCAAGCAAUUGCUUAGACCCACCUGAGGUUUGAGCUGCUUUUUCUGAGAGAACCCAGUUGGUGUUGAAGGGGGGUCUCUUUUGAAGCUAGAAUGUGCCAAUGUGGAUUAACAUGAGGAGCAGUUUCAGGUUUCCUGCAAUGCAGGAAAUGAGUAUUGUUGUUUUGAUUCUUUUGGGUUUUGUUGCUUCGGCACAAUCUGGUUUUGUUGAGUCUAGGAGGAGGUUGUCGGAUGAUGAAGCGAGGAUUAUCACACACAGACAGCUGUUGUACUACAAGGAUGGGUUUGGAGACAGAGGAGAGAAAGUGACUGUUGAUCCUAGCUUGAGGUUCCCUAAUCCAAGGCUGAGAGAUGCCUACAUUGCCUUACAGGCAUGGAAGCACGCUAUCUUUUCAGACCCAAUGAACAUAACAGGGAACUGGGUUGGUGCUAGUGUGUGUAACUACACUGGUGUGUUUUGUUACAAUGCAUUGGAUGAUCCUCACAUUAAGGUCGUGGCAGGUAUUGAUCUGAACCAUGCAGACAUUGCAGGGUAUCUGCCAGAGGAGCUUGGGCUGCUCACAGAUCUGGCAUUGUUUCAUAUCAAUAGCAAUAGGUUCUGUGGGAUUGUGCCGAAGAGUUUCAAGAAUAUGACUUUGUUGUAUGAGUUUGAUAUUAGUAAUAACAGGUUUGCUGGGCCUUUUCCAACUGUGGUGCUCUCCAUGCCCAAAUUGAAGUAUAUGGACAUUAGAUUCAAUGAGUUUGAAGGGACCAUGCCGAAGGAGCUGUUCGACAAGGAUCUGGAUGCCAUCUUCAUCAAUAACAACAGGUUCCAUUUUGAAAUCCCUCCUAACCUAGGAAAUUCACCUGUUUCUGUUAUUGUAUUUGCCAACAAUAAUCUCAAAGGAUGCGUGCCUCCUAGUCUUACUAAAAUGGCUGCUACUCUCCAUGAGAUCAUAUUGUUGAAUAAUAAUUUGUCAGCUUGCUUGCCAUCUGAUAUUGGGGAGCUGAAAAAUUUGACUGUCUUGGAUGUGAGCUUCAAUAAGCUAGUUGGGUCUCUGCCAGAAAGCAUUGGUGACAUGGUCAGCUUGGAGCAAUUGGAUGUUGCUCACAAUAAGCUCUCUGGGAAGAUCCCCGAGAGCAUUUGUGCAUUGCCAAAUUUGGAUAACUUCACAUAUUCCUACAAUUUCUUCACUGGAGAGGCACCCAAUUGUUUGGCCCUUCCUUCGAGAGGAGUCACCAUUGAUGACAAAAAGAACUGUCUCCCUGACAGGCCUUCUCAGAGAUCGUUCGUGCAAUGUGCUGCAGUUGCUUCUCACCCCGUGGAUUGCUUUGCCGGAGCAUCCUGCAAUCCAGUCAGGAUUUUCCCUCCACCACCAUCACCACCCCCACCAUCGCCCCCACCUCCAUCCCCGCCUCCACCUUCCCCUUCGCCACCUCCCCCCUCUCCUCCUCCCCCGUCCCCUCCUCCUCCCUCACCCUCACCACCGCCUCCAUCCCCUCCUCCACCUCCACCCCCAUCACCUCCUCCACCUCCACCACCAUCUCCUCCUCCACCAUCUCCUCCUCCACCUCCACCACCAUCUCCUCCUCCACCAUCUCCUCCUCCCCCAUCUCCCUCCCCACCACCACCUGUUUACUGUGUACGCCCACCUCCACCUCCUCCACCAUCUCCUCCCCCACCAUCCCCUCCACCACCUGUAUACUAUCCUCCUCCAUCUCCAUACCCGCCGCCACCAUCUUAUCCUCCACCACCACCAUCUCACCCACCUCCUCCUCCACCCCAUUCUCCUCCUCCUCCACCCCAUUCCCCUCCUCCUCCACCACAUUCUCCCCCUCCUCCCCCAGUCCAUUAUUAUUCUCCUCCACCACCAUCCCCAUCUCCACCCCCUCCUCCGUACUACCCAUCUCCUCCUCCACCAAACUCCCCACCUCCUCCCCCUCCUUGCAUUGAACCCCCACCCCCACCCCCACCACCACCUCCCUGCAUUGAACCUCCCCCACCACCACCUCCCUGCAUUGAGCCUCCCCCACCACCUGAUAACUAUUACAACCCCCCUCCACCACCUUCCCCAUCCCCACCACCCCCACCUCCUGUUUACACCUCUCCACCACCACCUCCUGUUUACCAUCCUCCACCGCCACCUCCAUCUCUUUCUCCACCACCACCGCCUCCUUGCGAUGAAAUGCCACCACCAUCUCAGGGAUAUGUUCCACCACCUGUAGCACUGCCACCAACCCUUGGUUUCUCUUACAAGUCUCCUCCCCCUCCCCCAUCAGCCUACUGAUUGUUUUGAGAACUUCCAUUUCUCUCAGUGCACAUACUAUUUUUUCAGGUAUUAAGGUAUCCUUUCCGGUUCCUUGAAUGGCCAUAGCUUUCUUUUAAGAUUUCAAUUGCUGAAAUCUCUUACCUGUGACUUGAGUAACAAGAGGCCUCUUUUCCACGAGUAUGAGUACAAUUAGUCUGAUGGUCCUGCAGGAAGGGGGACCUUCAUUUGUAUUCCAUGAUCAAGGUAUUGAUUCAGAUAAAGUCACAUUUAUUGGAAAGAAGCUAUUGAGAAUGUGAAUAAGCCAAUUCAAGAAGAGAUGUUAUUACAUGAUUUCUCAUAAUUGAUGGUCCAGUCUGCACGACUGUAGACACCAAGCAUAAGAGUCAGCUUCAGGUGUAUAGAGUUGUGUGAUACAUGAUGAUGGAUGCCCCACAUUCUCUUUGGUAUUUUUUUAGUUAGCAGGUUAAUUUACAUUUUAGAUAUUGUGGAUUGCAAAAUCAGAUUUCAUUCUUUCAGUAUUUGUGCCCAAUGAUGGAAAUUCAACUAUUAAAUUCUUUAAUGUAAAAGAGACAUUUUUCUUUCA